GAUUUAUUAUUGGCUUUAAAGGAGGAUUUGAUUAGUGAACUAGUGAUUGUAAGUGCUAUGGUUAAAGAUAGGAAAAAAGCUGGAAAAGGAAAGAAAGACAAAUUUGCUAAAGAUUUUGCUGAAUUUGCUCAAAUUAGAUUGGCUUUAAUAGAAACUGUGGUUCCCAAAAA